GUUUCUCCAGCCACACAAAUCAAAGUCCUUCACUCACACACCGCGUGAUGAACGGGAUACCUCCCCACAUUAACGUGUCUAUUAAAGCAGCAGCGCGUCUCUAUAAGAGCUGAGGAACAUCAUCGAGUCGGACUGUAGAGCACAACACACUCCUAUCAUGAAAACACUGCUGCUCGUGUGUGUGUUUCUGCUGCCUCUGCAAACACUCGCGCUGCCGCUGCGCAACAGAUUGAGUUUUCCAAGUAAGCCUGGGAAGCUUCCAGAAUCAGGAGGUGGUAUCGCCAAGGAAACCAUCACUAUUCCUUCAAUAGCUUCAAAUGCCGGGGCAAGAGAGCGCCGUGCGGUCUGGAGGGCCCUCCUGCAUAAAGGACCCCCGUCGAGACAGGCCAACACACCGGCCAAUCAAAACAGCAGCGCUCAGGGACAUUUCCGGGAGCGUCGGCAUGUCCUCAGAGGGUCACGCAGUCGCCAGCAGGGUCAGCUGAUGCGUGUGGGAUGCGUUCUCGGCACUUGCCAGGUACAGAACCUCAGCCACCGUCUCUACCAGCUGAACAGCCAAAGCGGGCGGCAAGAGUCGCCAAUCAAUCCCAGAAGUCCACAUAGUUAUGGAUAAGACUAUGACUGACCACACACUAAAAACCUUUCCAAAAAUGUGACAACAGAAGCCAACAGACACCAGCGGGCAA